UCCAUAACCACACAAAGUGAAACCACAAACACAAACAAGGAAGUAAAACACCAAUUGAAAGCCAUCGAUUAAAGCCACUGCGAAGAGCGCAAUCAACAGCAAAGAGUGCUACCCCAGCCGUUAGCAGACCAGAAACAAACACUACAGCCUCGGCCAACCAAAGCCGGAAUAAAAAACUCGGGACAGACGCCCGGAACAAGAACACGAUCGAUCGAAAACACAGAAAGCAAAUCAAGAGUAACCUGGCCGAAUUUCCCUUAGAGCGCCGUUGUCUUCGACGAUCUGAACCUCCCUUGAAGAAACCGCUCAAAACCGCCGAUCCAGUUUGCCUCUAGAGAUGUUGUUAAUUAAAAUCAAAUUGGAUAUUCUAAAAGCUCGAAGUAAAUAUUAUAAAAUUAAAUAGAUCAAUUGAGUAUCCAAAAACUGACGGAAAACCUUAGUGAUCAAGUAAAGUGCAGCGUUUUCAUUGCAAUUCAUCUCUAUGAUGAUCAGAGUUCCUCCUUAUCGUCCUUUGUCAAGCUACCUUCAUCCAAUAAUUUCUCCAAGAUUGGUUGCAAAAAUGUUGGGCUUUGGCACAAACAAUAAUUUUGGAGGAGCUGUUAAGUGUAUGGCAGUGAAACCACCUGCUCACCCCACAUAUGAUUUGAAGGGGGUUAUUCAACUUGCCCUUUCUGAAGAUGCGGGGGAUAAAGGAGAUGUGACUUGUAAAGCAACAAUUCCGGCUGAUAUGGAAGUGGAAGCUCACUUUCUGGCUAAGGAGGAUGGGAUCAUAGCGGGGAUUGCGCUUGCUGAAAUGGUAUUCAGUGAAGUUGAUCCUACAUUGCAGGUGGUGUGGUCUAGAAAGGAUGGCGAUGAAGUGAAUAAAGGCCUACAAUUUGGCAAAGUGCAUGGAAAGGCGUAUAGCAUAAUUGUUGCUGAAAGGGUUGCACUUAAUUUUAUGCAGAGAAUGAGUGGAAUCGCUACACUGACUAAGGCAAUGGCAGAUGCUGCAUGUCCUGCAUUUAUCUUGGAGACAAGAAAAACUGCUCCUUGUUUGCGUUUAAUCGAUAAGUGGGCGGUAUUAAUUGGCGGUGGCCAAAAUCAUAGAAUGGGUUUGUUUGAUAUGGUGAUGAUAAAAGACAAUCAUAUAUCAGCAGCAGGAGGUGUUAAUGAAGCUUUAAAAUCUGUUGACCUGUAUCUGGACCAAAAUAACCUUCAAAUGGGGGUUGAGAUUGAAACAAGAACACUUGAAGAAGUAGACGAGGUGCUACAAUAUGCAUCGAGAACACCAAAGACAUCAUUGAGUAGAUUAAUGUUGGACAAUAUGGUCGUUCCGCUUCCAAAUGGAGAUGUUGAUGUCUCGAUGCUCAAGAAGGCUGUUAGUUUGAUCAAUGGGAGAUUUGAGACUGAGGCUUCUGGAAAUGUUACACUUCAGACAGUGCAUUUGAUUGGGCAAACUGGUGUCACUUAUAUAUCCAGUGGAGCACUGACACAUUCUGUGAAGGCGCUCGACAUUUCCCUGAAGAUCGAUACAGAGCUUGCUCUCAAAGUAGGAAGGCGGACAAAGCGGGCAUGAUGGUCAUCCUAUUUAUUAAUGGACUUAAUUAUUAACCUUUUGAGGUCAUCUGCUAGUUCUUAGCCCUAAUCCAGACCGUGACAUUGGAUUGAGAUGUUAUUUUCCCUAUUACUCCGUAUUAUAUACGGAGUUUGAAGCUGUAUUCUUGCCAGGGAAAAAAAUAGGAAACUUGGCUUAAAUUUUCUCUUCCCUAGAGUCUCAUUGUGGGUGGGAGCUUUUUGUGGUGAUGGUGAUGGAUUGUAGGAACAUAGUAGGUUUCAGGCAUCCAUGACUAAGAUUGCAACUGUCAACAUUUUUUGAAAUAAGAAGCAACCAACGGGACAGGACUGAGAGAUGGACGUAAAGGAACUCUAGGGUGGACUCAAUCCCGGAACCGGACUCGACUGGGAGGGUAAAGAAUUAAACCGGUUCCCCGCUUUUACAGUUUUGGACUGAAUUGAGAUUGGGUGAGUCUAAGGUUCCCUUUGGAUGGCAUUAAGUUCCUAUUUGUCCCAAUGCAUGGGAUUGUUGGUGAACUAUACUCUGUAUUUUUGUUUCUCCAUUCUAUUUUUUUACACUUGGAUAAUGGGCGAGGGUAUUAACCAAAGAAGAUGGGUAGGGUGGUAAUCGAAUUAGCUUUUGUUAUGCUUUUCUUGUCCCUUUUUCUUUUACCUGAUGUUACC